GAGAAGAAGAAAGCCUCCUGGUCUUCCUCCUCGGCCAUAUUGCAUACACCGAGACGUACUCUCUUCGAUCAACCGAUACCUUUAAUUUUACGGUGAUGACUCAAACAGUUCAGACCAAUGGGGUUCAACCCCUCAGUAAGACCUGGGAGUUGAGCCUUUAUGAACUACAGAGAACUCCACAGGAAGCUAUAACAGAUGGGUUGGAGAUUGCAGUUUCACCCAGGUCAUUACACAGUGAACUAAUGUGUCCUAUCUGUCUGGAUAUGCUGAAAAACACAAUGACAACCAAAGAAUGCCUGCACCGUUUCUGUGCUGAUUGCAUUAUCACAGCUUUGCGAUCUGGCAAUAAAGAAUGUCCUACGUGUCGCAAGAAGUUGGUUUCCAAGAGAUCGCUGCGUCCAGACCCUAAUUUUGAUGCCCUGAUAAGUAAGAUUUACCCCAGCCGUGAUGAGUAUGAAGCGCACCAGGAAAGAGUGUUGGCUCGCAUUAGCAAACAUAACAACCAACAAGCCCUUUCUCACAGCAUAGAGGAAGGACUAAAGAUACAGGCUUUGACAAGAUUGCAGCGUGGUAAAAGACAAACGGUGGAGAAUGGUAGUGGAGCUGAAGACAAUGGAGACUCCUCACACUGCAGUAAUGCGUCUGUCCACAGCAAUCAGGAGGCUGGUCCCAGCAUAAAGCGCACUAAAACAAGUGAUGAUAGUGGACUUGAUAUGGACAAUGCUGCUGAGAAUGGCGGCGGUGACUCUGUUAUUGACAGCGGUGCCAGCGAAAUAGAACUGGUUUUCAGGCCUCAUCCCACACUGAUGGAAAAGGAUGAUGGUCACAACAGUGUGGAGUUUGUGCCGCGCUACAUAAAGACAUCUGGAAAUGCAACAGUGGAUCACCUCUCUAAAUACCUGGCUGUCCGUCUGGCUUUGGAGGAGCUUCGAAGAAACACAGAGGCGAGUCCUGUUAAUAUGGAGGCAGCUUCAGAGAAACAGUACACCAUCUACAUACCUACUGCUGGAAACCAGUUCACUGUUCUGAAUGGUUCCUUCUCUUUGGAGCUGGUCAGUGAAAAAUACUGGAAGGUGAACAAACCCAUGGAACUAUACUUUGCCCCUACUAAAGAACACAAGUAAAGCAUAUAAAAGCAGCUUCAGUCAUGAAGUAAAGCUGUGUACUGGGACCUGUGUCCACGAAGAAGGUAAAAUGUGUCUGAAGGAAAUGGGGAAGAGAAAAAAAAAAACAAAAAACAAAAAAAAACUCUUAUAUCCUCUUAAUAUCAUUGUCUUAUCUCUUUAGACGUUAGCAGACUACUGCAGCAUCCAACAGGUGCAACCAAGUGAUAAUAGACCACUAGGAACUAGCAAUUGUAGAUUAAUUCACCGGGGUAAUUCAGUUUGAAAUGGCAACAUUAUGGUUUCAACAUUUAUUAUUCGUCUUCAUGAACACUCCCCUGGCUGUAGUUCAGUUUGAAAUGGCAACAUUAUGGUUUCAACAUUUAUUAUUCGUCUUCAUGAACACUCCCCUGGCUGUAGUUUUACUGUAGUCUGUCUUGCAUUGAAUUUGAUGAGAAUUUAAUCUUGGUUUUGUAGUCUUUGAAGCAUGUUCAUACAAUGUCAGAAAAUAGGACAAUAUCAAAAUGUGCCAUUUGCCCCAGAGAAUGUAAGGGAAUUUAUCAGUUAAUGCCCCUUUUCCAGUGCACUGUACUUACUCAGCAUGUACCACCCACUACUUACUCACAAAUGUCUCUUCUUAUCGUGGACGAUACUGGCAUGCCUCAAAAUAAUUACAGGAGACCCUGAGUCUCCUGUAAUUGUGAUGCUAUUUGAAGAUGGACUGACCUAAAACAAGUUAAGCAGAGCUGAGCUGGCACUUUGCAGUGUAAAAGCGGCAUAAAUGACUGCAGUUUUUGAUUCAUUGACCAUUAUGUUGGCAUUUACUUCUUAAUUCCCUUUUAAAUGUGUUUAAUUUAAUCAAUAAACGGCAGAUUGCCUGCGCUAACAUGUUCUCAUUCUGUUUUAUGUAGUCAGUCAAUCUCUCUUUCAGUGUGCAGUUUUUGUUGUUGUGUUGCUGUUAAACCUAGGCUCAAAUAUAGUCCCCUCCAAAAAUACUGGAACGGCAAGGUCAAUUCUUUUGUUUUUCUUGUAUACUGAAGACAUUUGGGUUUCAGAGCAAAAGAUGCAUAUGAGACAAAAGUUCAGAGUUACAGCUUUUAUUUAAUUAACAUUGAGAUGUGUUAAAGAACUCAGGACAGAGCACUUUUUAUUUGAAGCCACCCAUUUUUUAAGUGAGCAGAAGUAUUGGAACAGACAUUAUUUAAUUAACUUAAGGUAAAAAACAUUUAAUAUUUGGUGGCAUAACUGUUACUUGCAAUAAUUGCAUCAAGCCUGCGACCCAUUGACUUCACCAGAUUAUUAUAAUUGCUUUUCCAGGCAUUUACUGCAGCCUUUUCCAGUUAUUUUUUGUUUCUGAAGAUUUCUCCCUUCAGUCGGUAAAAUGCAUGCUCUAUUGCAGGGGUUUCAAACUCACUUUUGUUACGGGCCACAGCGUAGUUAUGACUUUCCUCGGAGGUCCGCUACAACUGUGAACCCGUAUAAAUGAAAGUUUACCUCCUAUACUGUAAUUACAUACAGUAUACACAACACAUUAUUGAAUAGCCAGUUUUGCAAUCAGAAGCCUAUAAAAAACAUGUUGUUCAACUAUUACAUUUCUUUUCAAAGGGGGAUUGGUAUCAAAAAACUGAUUGCAAAUAUCUCAAUGGUAUUACACCAGAACACGAGGAAUUUUUAUUUGCUUUCGCGGGCCACAUAAAAUGAUGUGACGGGCUGGAUCUGGCCCCCGGGCCACCAGUUUGACACCUGUGCUCUAUUGGGUUAAGGUCCGGUGAUUGACUUGGCCAGUCUAAGACCUUCCACUUUUUCCCCCUGGUGAAAUCCUUUGUUGUGUUAGCAGUGUGUUUUGGGUCAUUAUCUUGUUGCAAGAUGAAGCUUCUCCCGAUUAGUUUGGAUGCAUUUUUCUUUAAAUUGCCAGACAAAAUGGUUUUGUAGACUUCACAAUUCAUUCUGCUUCGACCAUCAUGCGUUUCAUCAUCAAUAAAGACAAGUGAGCCCUUUCCAGAAGCAGCCAUGCAAGCCCCAAGCCAUGACAUUACCUCCAACAUGCUUCACACAUAAUGUGUGAAGCAUGACUGGUGUCUUUGCGUUUUUCUUCACAGCUCCCACAAUGUUUCUGUCAUCAACUGCUGUCGAUACCUUUGGCCGACCUGUUCGAUGUAUGUUGCUCAGUACACCAGUAGUUUUUCUUUUUCAGGACAUUUCAAAUGUUGAAGUGGCUAUGCCCAAUGUUUGUCCAAUAGCUCUGGAUAUUCUCUCCUCUUUCAGCUCCAAAAUAGCUGGCUUUUCUUCCAUAGACAGCUCACUGGUCUUCGUUUGCUUAACAACAAAUGUAGUUUUCACAAGUGAAACCGAAAGCCAAAAACAACCAUUAUCGAGUUGUUUAAGCAAUCAAUCGAAAAGGCAACACCUGAGCAACUUUUCCUCACUUGAAAACUGGCGGGUUCAACAAAAGGUGCUCUGUCCUGAGUUGUUUCAUGUAGCUCCUAAAUGUAAACACCAUGAAAUAAAAGCUGGAAUUCUGAAUGUUUGCCUCAUAUUUGUCUUUUGAUCUGAAACCCAAAUGUCUUAAGUAUACAACAAAAACAAAAUAAUUGACCUUUCUGUUCCAAUACUGUUGGACGGGAAUGUAUAUUGUAUUUCUCAAAAGGAUCAUUUUCAUCUGAUGUUUAAGUGCCAUUUUGUAAAAUUAAAAUUCACUUCCAAGA